CGCGCUCGGUGACGUCAUCACGCAGCGCCUGUCAAACUUUGUCAGCAGACAGUUGUGUAAACUUGUCAUGUGUUGGUUUAUUUUGAUCCCAGAGUGACAGCAGCUCUACAGAAUCGUUGUUCAGACAGUGGAAAAAGUGAAAAGAAUCCGAUGAAUCUCCGUGCGCGCGCGUGUGUUUCGGCGCUGCUGCUGUUCGGGCUGCGCGUGUGUUUCUCUCAAGACAUCAAACUACAGGAGGAUGAUGAAGAUGUGAUGUUUAAGACGCCUGAAGAAGAUGUGAGGGUUCAGGUGUCGGGUCGAGCGCUGGUUCCGGGUGUCAGAGCUCAGGACUGGAUCUCAUCUGCUCGGGUUCUGCUGGACGGAGACAAACACGUGGGCUUCCUCAGAGAUGAUGGAAGUUUCACAGUCAGUGACGUUCCGUCCGGAUCGUAUGUUCUGGAAAUCUCCUCUCCGACCUACAGAUUCCAGCCUGUGCGGGUCGACAUCACCACUACAGGGAAAAUGAGGGCUCGUGUGGUCAACUACAUCAAGACGUCAGAGGUGAUCCGCCUGCCGUACCCGCUUCAGAUGCGAUGCGUCGGUCUACAUUCAUACUUCAUCCCGCGAGAGACCUGGGGCUGGUCCGAUUUCCUCAUGAACCCGAUGGUUCUCAUGAUGGUUCUUCCUCUCCUGAUAAUCCUUCUUCUUCCUAAAGUCUUCAACCCGAGCGAUCCAGAGAUGAGACGGGAGAUGGAGCAGUCCAUGAACAUGCUGAACUCCAACCAGGAGCUUCCAGACGUCUCUGAGCUCAUGACUAAGUUCUUCUCACCACCUAAAAGUCAAGGGAAGGCAGCAGGUGGAGGCGGAGCCAGAGGCCCUCGGGGUGGAGCUCCAAGUCCAAGGGCCGGAGCCUCAAGACGAAAAAUGAGAGAUUAAUGAAACAGAAAAUGCUUUUAUUACUCACUAUGAACAAACCGUACAGGCGUAUCUGCUGUGUUUAGUAAAGCAAAUGACAAUUUUUCAUCUGUGUUUAUAUGUGAAGACAAUUUACUAUCAUUAUACUGCUGCUGAAUCUACUGUAAUGAUUAUUUAAGCUCACAAUAUUAAAAUCAAAGGUAACACUUUACAGUAAAUUCCCAUUAGUUAAUGUUAGUUCAUGCACUAACAACCAGUGCAUUUGUUAUAGUGUUUAUUUAUCUUUGUUAAUGUUACUUAAUAAAAGCACAACAGUUGAUUGUUAGUUCAUGUUAGCUCAGAUCUAUUAAACAGUAUUAACUGCAGUGUUGGGGAAAGUUACUUUUAAAAGUAAUGUGUUACAAUAUUGAGUUACUCCCUAAAAAAGUAACUAAUUAUGUCACUUUGUUACUUUUUAUGGAAAGUAAUGCGUUACGUUACUUUUGUGUUACUUUUUAAAUCUUGGCAGGGCUUGAUUGUUUGUUUUUAAUAUAAAAAGUUCUAUUUGUGGCAAACAUAAAAGCCCUUUCACACCAAAAGCCUCAGGCUAAGAGAAAAGUAAAAAUUAUAUCUGCACAGAAGACCGCAGAAGAAGAAAUAAAAAAAAAUAAAUAAAUAAAAGAAUCAAGAAAUGUUGCUGUAGUAACAUUUCACUGUAAUAUAAAAAAAAAGAUUAUUUAAAAAAUAAAUAAUAUAAUUUUAUUUAUUUAUUUAUUUAUUUACAUUACAACUGUGAAAUGACAAUAUUAAUACAAAUACAAACAUGUAUUUAAUUAAAUGACAGCCUUCAUGAUCUGAAGUCAUAUGAAGUCAUAUCCAGUGUUGGGGAAGUUACUUUUAAAACUAAUGCAUUACAAUAUUGAGUUACUUUUUAUGGAAAGUAAUGCGUUACGUUACUUUUGCGUUACUUUUUAAAUCUGGGCAGGACUUGCUUGUUUGUUUGUAAUAUAAAAAGUUCUAUUUUUAAGUUCAAACCAAAAGCCUCAGGCUUAGAGAAAAGUAAAUUCACGUCUGUACAGUAGAACGCAGAAAAAAAAGUAAACUCUCAAGCUAUAAAAAAAAAAAGAAAGAAACACAAAUGUUAGAUUAUCUUGAGUACUUUUUGCUUAUUAGUACGGAUGAAUUGGAUCAUCGAAGGUCAGCAGCAAAGACACUGGUUAAUAAAAUGGGAUUAAAUGCAUAAAGGAUAAUUGAAUUAUUUAACAUUUAAUUAUUGCAGGUUUGUGUCAUAUUCUUAUUCAUUUUGAGGAACACUGAAUCUGUGAGUGAGAUGAAUUAAUGCAUGUUCACAUUUAUUCUAGAACUAAAGUAACAUCUUACUCCUGAUUUCUCUCAAUAUGGGGACAGAAGAGCUUGCAGUCAAUAAAUGGGGGAAAAAAGUUACCUACUUAAAAAAGUAACUCCAGUAUUUUCAUGUAAAUUAAAAAGUAAUGCAUUACUUUACUUGUUACUUGUAACAGAUACAAUUUUUGAUUUCAAUAAUGUAUCAGUGAAUGUUGCAGUUGACUAAGAUUAAUAAAUGCUUUAAAAAUAUGUAUCUUGUCCAUGUUAACUAAUGGAAGCUUAUUGUAAAUUGUCACCAGAUCAUUUUAUUGAUUGAAGGAGUUUAUGUCUCUGAAUAAAUGAUUAUAAACUGUUAUAGUUGUUAAAGAAACAUUAGUAAUGUGUGUGUGAGUCAGUCAAAUGAGCCCGGUGUGACAUUUAUGUACAGAGACUGAAUCUAAAUAUAGCAGACCUGUGUGUGUGUGUGUGUGUGUGUGUGUGUGUGUUUGAAAUUCUCUUAGGAGAGCAC